GCAGGACUGAAGGCCUGCAAUGUAUAAAUAAACCGGGCGUGGCCUCCUGGUUACGGCUCUGUUUUGCGAACAUGAACAGCAGAUCAACUAGUCGAAGACGGUGAUAACAGAGCGAGGAACAGACCUUGGUCUUCCCGUACACCUGCUCAGUUCACUGCAGAAAUCCAAAAGUCCUGCAGCUCAAAAGCGAAACGUCCAGCACAAACUCUCGCGGAUUGGGCAGAUUCAGACACCAGCGAUUACUUAUCAAGACUCCGACAUGGUUCGAAUCGAGAACUCCGUCUUCAUUGCCGCGCCGGCCUCCACGGUGUGGGCGAUUAUCACCGACUUCGCCUCGUACGGUGAAUGGAAUAGCUUCAUCACGGCUGUUGCAUCACCGGUUCCCCUGUCCGAAACCACCGUCGGCACACCCACAACCAUCACCGUCGCGCCCACGCAGCCGGGCGGCAAGCCGGCACAGUACCACAACACCAUCUCCGUGUUCAACCCGGGCCGGGAGAUGCGGUGGUGGGGCACCAUGGUCCACUCGGCCAUCUUCCGGGCCGAGCACUGGUGCACACUCGAGGAGACUACCGUCGAUGGGGUCAAGGGCACCAAGUUCACCCAGGGCGAGAAGUUCACCGGGUGCUUGCCUCCUCUCGCGAACGCACUCUCCAGCGCAUUCAAGGAUUUGGAACAGGGCCAUCUGCGUAUGAACGCAGAGCUGAAGCGGUAUGCCGAGGGAAAGUGAUUUGAGGCACACUCGUCGCUAGGAUACUUUGCUAAUACAUUGGGUUUUAAUAUCGUUAAUUUUGUGACUGGCGAAGAUGAGAUUGUUAUAGAGCGCGGGAGGGGUUCUAUCUAAGCAAUAACAGUUUAAAAAUCCCUGAGCAUUUUUUAACUUUAUUUCCAUCGCCAUUUCCGAUGGCUUGAAUGAUUUUUCCAUAGCCGU